CUGGGAAGUUUUUGAAACCACAACAAAGGAAGUCUGGAAUAGCCGACAUAUUCGAGAUUUCAGAUUGGUGCUAACGAUGGAAGUUUCAUCGUGUGAUCAGAUAGGGGUGCCCCCAAGUUGGACCAUGAACAAGACGUUGUUUGGAAUGUAUGGGACCAAGAGGAAAUCCAAUUUCAACCAUGAUGUGGAGCCACAUGAUCAGUUCUGUCCAGUAGCCAAAAAGGCAUGUCCUUCAACGGACCUUGCAAUGGACGACGAUUGCCUUCCAGAGAUGCCGUCCCCAGCCAUCACCAACCAACCGUUGACGCACCAAGUACCUCACAUGCCACCAUCAUUCCACCAACACGAAAGCGACCGCAUGGGACUGGACGAAGAGCCAGAGAAGCAGGACGCCCCCAAGUGGAUCUCCUGGCAGGAAGGCCGUCUGGCGAGUUGGUCAUCCGUUGUUCGGUCAUGCCAGGGUGGGGACAAUGCUGAUACGGACAGAGGGGCGACGGGGGAGGGUGGACCUUGCCAAGGGGGCGGGGAGGAGAGACUUGGCUGGGGUACGGAAGAGGAAGCACUGCAGAUACUGCCAAGGGUCGAGAUUGACCGCUGGUCACCGACCCCAGAUGACAUCCAGAAGCAGUUAGAGAAACAAGUCCGAACUCCUGAGCUUGCACAGGCGAGGCAGGCAUGUCUACGAGCAAGGGUAGAUCAAUUACAAUCACAACUCCAGUAUAUGAAGUCUAUGGACGUUGAAAGUAACGACUACUGGGCGCUUCCUCAAGAAAAUCAUCUGAAAAUGGAGGAUGAGUUAGAGCAGGCUCGUAUUGCCAUGGAGUCUGACUAUGUUCCGGAUCCAUUCCAGUAUCAUUGCAGUGAUAUACCGGUACCGAUGGCUGGCCAUGAUACCGGUUCUGUCAACCAAGUCCGCUGUUACUGCAAGCCUAAUUGGGAGGGAAUGCUGGAUCCGAUAGGGUAUAUAUGAUACCCCUCCACCUGCCACGCCCAUUGACUCAUGACUUUCACAUCCAAUUCACAGGAUUGGUUUUAUGUCGACUUACAGUCGAAGUGAUUCACAAGCCAAAUAAUUCCAAGGACCAAGCAUGCCUUCAUCUGAUCAACUUUCCAAAGUUGCAGAAAUGGCUAUCAUUCAUUUCCCGGCUUUAGCUCGAGCGGCAAGCUUCCAGCACUCACUCCUGGCAUGCAACCACUCGAUCCUGCCACGUACCAGUGCUCCCCUGGAUCGAGUGCAGCACAAGCAGGAUGAAUUCUUGCAGACGCAAAAUAAGUGGUAUGGCUGGGAUCUGAACCUAGGCCCAUCGGUAUCAAAGACGAGAUCCAGGACCACUGGACCAUGAUGUUUUACACGAGUCUCUUCAAGUACAUUCCGUUAUGUUGAAGUUUUGUGACAAUCUAUUGAUACGAGUAUUCAUGUAAGGUUCCUUAUUUAAUAUGAAUAAAGUUAGUGUGUUGAUAUGCUGCAAGAGUGAAACAACAAUUGAAAACGAUCGUUGACCGUUUCAAUCGGUUUUUGUUUUACACGGUCUGUCGGUCAACACCACGAAAGUCUGCAUGUAGUCCCAUAUGUAGACUUUCAUGGUCUUGGCUAAGUUUAACAUAAAACAAUCUUCAGAGUCAAGAAAGAGGUAAAUCUUCAAUUUUGGUAGUUUCCUACUAGAAACAAUUUCAAGGAAAUAUGGAAAAUAGAUGGCCAUUUCAUGAACAUAAAAAUAUAAAAUGUGAUAUUUCAGCAAAUUAAGGGGAAGGUUCCCCCCCACCCCCCGGCCCUAGAUCUAUAUAUGGUUAAACGGGAGUCAAAAUAGGUAAACAUUUGUGCAUUUAACGGCUGUUUGAACAGGGUUUAAAAUUAUUCCUUUGUACAUUAAUGCAGACUUAUGUAUUUAGUUGGCUGAAUUUAGUGCAUAAGAUGGAUACACUCCGAAAGUCAAAUAUUUGUAUUACGAAUGCGGAAUCUUUCAACAGGUAUUAUGUACAAAAUCAGUGGGAUAUGAAUCCCUUACAAAACUGCGGAUGCAGCCACACAUAACACUCUCUUUAGUUGCCUAGUGACCAAAUUUCGGAGCAAUUUGUUUCUCGAAAAAUUUAAACUUAAAAUUGGCGUGUGUGGAAAGAAGAAAGAUGAUGAAUCUGUUACUUUGGGGACAUGGUCAUCUCAUUCAUGAAAUCUUUUUCACCUGUGCAGAGCUUCCAACUAUUAAGAACAGGUCAUAAUUUUCAUACCAAAUUAUGCCAUUAUGCUUUUGACCUUAAUUAUUAGGCUUUUGGGGUAGAAUAUGCAUGUGCACAUCUAAUACACACAUGGUAAUACUUUGCACAGUUGUAAAAUUUACUUGCCUGACUAUGCAACAAGCUAGUGCGUCACAAAUGUAAUGUACAUGUAGCACCCUAGAUAAAUAUACCUGACAACCAUCCUGUAAGGUUGGCAAACUUGGUAUUUAUGAGCAUUGUGCAUCUGUUCCAUUUAUGUAUUGCCUCUUCUAAGAAAUUUAUAGUACCGCAUGGCAUAUAUGAAAUUAUGACUUUUAUCUCAAAAUUAUGACUUUUGAGGUGCUGGACAUACCGUAAGUAACGGACUAUAAACCGCACCUGUGGAUUAAUCGCACCCUCAACUUUGGACU